CCACAAGGUUUUUGUCCCCUUCGCCCUCCCGUAGCCCAUUCGUUUCCACAGCGACAGGCGCAGCGGUUUAAGCCGCGCGAAGGUUCCGGUAGCCGCCGGGCUGGGUUUAGCCGGGGGCCUCACUGCCCGCCUUGGGCAUGAGGCGGGUACGGGGCCGCUGUCAAACGGCUCUGCGGGGAGAAGAUGAAUAUCUGCAAUAAACCUCCUAAUAAGACAGCUCCAGAGAAUUUGGGUCAAGCUGUUCCUGAGGUGCAGGUCCAACGUGCUCGGAGGAAUGGCUGGAGCUGGCCUCUGCACAUAUUCCAGAUUACUGGAUGGUUGCUGUGCCUCUUCUUUGCGCUGGUUGGCUUUGGAAUCCUGGUUCCUCUCCUGCCCCGCCACUGGCUGCCUGCUGGCUAUAUCUUUGGUCUCGUGAAGGGGCCUGUGCAUGGCCUUAACUGUCUGUUCCUUUCCAUAGAGUCUGUAUGGGCUAAAGAAACAUGGAUCUAUGUCAACAGUCUGCAUGUGGGGUCAGAUUCUGUUGUUCAUCUUACUGCAGUCUCCAUUGAUCCUGCGGAUGCAAAUGUACGAGCAAAAAACUAUCUGGGGCCUCUGGCCACCUUCAAUCGUAAUCAGCAUGCACAUGUAAUUGAAAACCAUCAUUGCCAUGUCUGUGAUGUAAAUGUGAGUGCCAAGGCAAAGCACUGUGGAACUUGCAACAAGUGUGUGUGUGGCUUUGAUCACCACUGCAAAUGGCUCAACAACUGUGUGGGAGAGAGGAAUUACUGGCUCUUUUUGAAUAGUGUGCUGUCUGCCAUUCUGGGCCUUGGACUUCUGCUGCUCAUCGCUUGCUACGUCUUUGCAGAAUUCUUCAUUGACCCCAUGGUGCUUCGCUCCGACCAUCACUUUUAUGCUCUGAAGAACCAAACGGAUCGCUGGUUUGUGUUUCUUCCUGCAGCUCCAGUCGAGACUCAGGCUCCUGCCAUUUUGAUCACAACUGGGAUUUUUAUUCUUCUAAGCCUAAUGAUUGUGGUCCUGCUAGGUCACCUCCUGAUCUUUCAUAUCUAUCUCUUGCGGAACAAACUGACUACGUAUGAGUACAUCGUGCAGCACCGUUUCCGGCAAGAUGUGGAAGAGGUAGAAAAUCAACAGGAGUCUGGUUCCUACCAGAUAAGAUCCAGUCAGGAAACAGACAUUUUUUCAGGUAACCCUGGUUAUACAGACCCUGGUAUUCAAGUAGGGAAAUUCUCAACAGUAACUUCAGGAAUAGGCUUUUCAAAGCUCUAUGCCUACGGACAUGAAGCUGACCCUGAGCAGAGCUCCUUGCCUGACCUCCACUUUGCAGUCCCUUCUCAGCAACAGAAAGAAAGAGGAAAGUGGACACGUGAAGCUUCUUCCUCAGCAGUGGUCAGCAUAUCUAAAACACAUGCUAGUCCUUGGCCCUCUUUCUCAGAUCCCCGGUCAGAGUUCUCAACCAUACCUGCUGCCACCACAUCUCCCCAUGGCCUUCACCUCCUAGUGUCGUCUUUUCCUCUGCAAGCUGCUGUGCCCCCCAGCAGCAGUAGCCUCAUCCAGGCAGCAGGACCCCCAGCUGACUAUCACUUGGAGUCUGCCCAGUUCGUGGAUGAGAUUCCUGUGGUUCAGACUCACCUUGGGAGCCUGGCCCUUCAUAGGCCUCCUAGAAAUAACUCGAGCAACUCUCAACAGCAUCCCUUGUCCACAGACUAUCCCAGGGGUGACAGGAAGAAGAAGCUGUCUUCUGCUCAUAAGGUAAAAAGGAAAAGCUGCCAGCAAGACAGACACAUGGAACAACACCUGGAACUUCUUGCUAAAGUUCCUGCUGUGUUUGUAAGUAAGAGCAGUGGAGAACUUCAUGUCUCUCAGCCCCAGCUCAGUGGGAGGACCACAGUCACACCACAGAAAAUGCACCAACCAGCAACACAUGUGGGCAGACAUGAUCCAAGCUUUAAGGACAUAAGGACAAACACCACAGUGGCCUGAUGACCAGCUUUCUAAAGCCAUAACUACUGGGGAUAAGACAAGAGGUUCACUUUCUAUUUGUAUGUUGCUGAUAAAGAUCUCGAUUCCA